AUCUUGUUCAGAACAACCAAGAUGUCAGGACAGUCACUAUACAGACACUUGCGUAACUGGUACAGAGUUGGAUUGAGAGACGGUUGGGCCCAAUUGAACGAGUGGGUCGACGUCAAAGCUGGUAGACUCGCUGGUACGGAUAAGUUUGGUAACAGAUACUACGAGAAUUUAGAGGAGGAAAUGCCAGAAGUUCCAUGGCGUCAACGCUGGGUUCGCUACGCCCAGGAAGCACCAUUAGAGAACGCCUCCCAGGUGCCUUCUGAAUGGCACGCUUGGCUCCACCACACAAGAUUGAACGCACCACACGAGGACGAAGUUGUAAAGAAGAUCACCGCCCAAACCCAACAUUGGAGACCAGCUGAAACACACGUUGAAAAUCUCACUGGAACUAGGGGUGCGUUCACUACCUACAACACAACAGCACCAAAGUUGUAUCCAUGGCAACCAAAGGUGGCACAGCGCCAAUAAUUUGUACGACUAUAAAAAUG